AUGGACCUAUUUGUUAUUUUUUACUUUGCAUCCGCCAUCAUAUCAUUGGUGCUGUUCCUUUUAUAUCUAGAUUGUGGGAAAUCCAACAACGACAAAAAGACUCUGUGGUCAAGACUAGAGCAAAUGAGAGACGAAGGCAUAUUUAAAAACAAACCCGCGCCACUGUCCAAGGAUGUGAUAUUUGCUAUGAUGCAGAGGGGAAUUUAUUCAUUAGACACUGACGUUGAAACAUACAACGAUGGCGGCGAGGUCCACCGGUGGACGCGCGAGCUGCUCGAAAAUUCGCGUUAUAAGCUGGAAGAAAAUCAACCGAAUAUUUUGUCGUAUAAGAAUAUGGCCAACAAUUUUUUAGAAAACGUCGAAAAGGAAAUCGAAGAAUUCGAGGAUAAUCUUUGCAAACUGAACAACGAUUUGGAACAGAUUAUUGAGGCACAUCAAUCCAUAAAACGUGAAAUCGAUAAACAAUUGUGCCAGGGCACAGAGAAGAACGUAGUAGUUCGCGACGACUGCAACCGCUCCUGGAUACCACCAGUGUCAUCCUUUCAAUGCCCCAUAAUUGUAGACAGCCAAGGUGAAGACAAUUUCCUGGCCACGUUAGAUCGAUUUGAAAAGGAAAGAGGAAUAGCAUAA